UGCCAGUGGCCUUGGGCAAGUCACUUUCCCUUUUCCUCUCCCCCUUCUGUUCAGAGUGUAAGCCCUUCGGGGCCAGACUGUUCCUCGCCAUGCACCGUACCCAGCACGGGGCCCUGACCUGGCUGCUGCCAGAAUGCACCCAAUGAAUAAUAGGGGUGUCGCUAAAAGGAGCUGGGGGUGCAUUAGCCGUGAGGAGACCAUGGCCUGAAUCCAAUGGACAUGCAAGUCCUUGCUCCCAUAACCAACCCCUCACUAAUGACUGGGGGCUCCAGGUCAGUUGGACGAAUGGACUGUGCAAAGGUAUGUCACCAUGCCGAGUGCCAGCAGCUGAACCACAGCAAUCCCUUAAACUUGUGUGAGGCCUGUGACCGCAAGUUCCACGGCACCAUGCACUUCGACGGGCACAUCCGCUUCGACCUGCCACCCCAAGGUUCCAUUCUGGCCCGGAACGUAUCCACGCGCUCAUGCCCCCCACGCACCAGCCCUGCCUCCGACAUGGAGGAGGAGGACGAAGGGCUAGUGGAUGGGAGAGGGUGGCCAGGCCAGCGGCUGCUCCCUGUCCGUCCUGCUCUCAGUGGGAACAUCGCACUGUGUCGAGGGGUCUCAGCACCCCAGCCCCCACAGCCCCAUGGCGCUGACCCUUCUGCCCUUCUCCAGGCCCUGACACGCCGACAGUGCCACCAGCAGGAGGCCAUCUGGGAGCUGCUGCACACAGAAGCCACCUACAUCCGGAAGCUGAAAGUGAUCACAGACCUCUUCCUCUGCUGCCUGCUGAACCUGCAGGAGUCGGGGCUGCUGUGUGAGGUGGAAGCUGAGCGUCUGUUCAGCAACAUCCAGGAGAUUAUCCAGCUGCACCGGGCCUUGUGGAGCAGCGUCAUGGCCCCCGUCCUGGAGAAGGCCAGGAAGACCAAGGCGCUGCUGGACCCUGUGGACUUCCUAAAGGGAUUCAAAAUGUUUGGCUCCCUCUUCAAGCCCUACGUCCAGUACUGCAUGGAGGAGGAGGGCUGCAUGGAGUACAUGCGCACGCUGCUGCGGGACAACGAGCUCUUCCGGCUCUACGUGACGUGGGCAGAGAAGCACAAGCAGUGCAACCGCCUGAAGCUCAGCGACAUGCUGGUGAAGCCGCACCAGCGCCUCACCAAGUACCCGCUGCUGCUCAAGUCGGUGCUGAAGAAAACGGACGACCCUUGCACCCGGGACGCCAUCGUUACCAUGAUCAAUUCCGUGGAGCGGUUUAUCAACCAUGUGAACUCGCGGAUGCGCCAGCGGCAGGAGCAGCAGAGGCUGGUGGCCAUCCUCAGCCGGAUUGACUCCUACGAAGUGGUGGACAGCAGCACGGAGGAGGUGGAUAAGCUCCUGAAGGAGUUCCUGCACCUGGACCUGACGGCCCCCAUCCCAGGCACCUCCCCUGAGGACACGCGGCAGCUCCUCCUGGAGGGGAGCUUGAAAAUGAAGGAAGGUAAAGACAGCAAGAUGGACGUUUACUGCUUCCUCUUCACGGACCUGUUCCUCAUCACCAAGCCGGUGAAGAAGGCCGAGCGCACCAAGGUCAUCCGGCAGCCCCUGCUCGUGGACAAGAUCAUCUGCCGGGAGCUCAAGGACCCCGGCUCCUUCCUCCUGAUCUAUCUCAACGAGCUUCGCAGCGCCGUGGGAGCCUACACCUUCCAGGCCAGCGGGCAGUCCCUGUGCCGCGGCUGGAUCGAGGCACUGUACAAUGCACAGAACCUCCUGCAGCGGCUGCGUCUCCAGGAGCGGCAGCGUAGCCAGCGGCAGCAUCUGCAGAGCCUGGAGGAGGGCGAGGAUGGGGAGAGCGGGGCCUCGGCAGCCAGCUCGCCCACCAUCCUGCGCAGGAGCGGCAACAGCCUGGACUCCCAGCAAUGCCCCUCCGAUGGCUCCACGGAGACCAUCUCGGUGGUGGUGGUGGAUGCCAGCGAGGAGCUCUCCUUCCCGGACUUGGAAGUGGGGCCAUUCAGCUCGCAGUCGGACGAGACCUCCAUCAGCACUACCGCUUCGUCCACCACCCCCACCCGGGAGCUGCUGGACGGGGGCGGGGAGCUUGCAGAGACACACACCCCCCCCAGCUCCAAUUGCCUGACGCUGGAUUCCAGCGGCUGCAGAUCGGCGUCCAUCGACAGCGCCUACGGCACCCUCUCCCCCACCUCCAUCCAGGAGUUUGCUGAGGUGCAGCAGCUGGAGCCAGGGGCGGAGGAUGGGGGGCCCCCGCACUCGCAGCGUGCCCCCUCGCCCAAGCUGCGCCGCAGGACGCCCGUGCAGCUCCUGCCCUGCAAGGUGAAAGCGCUCAAGUCCAAGUCGGAGGCCAGCCUGCUGCAGCUGAUCCCAGCCUCGCCCCCUCUCGCCCAGAGCAAGAGCCUCUGCGACCUCUUCACGGCUCCGGGCCAGGCCACGUUCCUGGCAGGCCCCAGCCAAGGACUUGCACGGUGUGAGGUCCCGGCUGGCUUCCAGAGGACUAGCAGGGCGGGUGCCGGGAGCGGGGAAGCCCGGUCAGACGGCAGCAGCAGCGGCUCCUCGUCAGAGCUCUCCGAGCCCGAGGAGCUGAUGUGUGCCGAGGGCUUUGCUUACCCAGCCGAGAGCAACGUGACGGCCCCUGCUGCGCCUGGCCAGGAAGCUCCCCCAGCAGGGCCUGAGGGGGCAUCUGCCCCGUGCCGGGCUCCCAGCACCGCCGUGACCGAGCCCCUUGCCCACCGGACACUGUCAGACCCGCAGGCGGCCCAGCACCGCAAGCUGACGCUGGCUCAGCUGUACAGGAUCAGGACCACCUUGCUCCUCAACUCCACGCUGACCGCCUCGGAGGUCUGAGAGCUGCAGGAGGCUCCAGGAGAGGAGCAGUGCUGCCAGUUCCGCCAACCCCUGACGAUGGAGCUCGAGCGCCCAGGGCCCUGGGAGAUGUUAGGCCCCGAAAGCAGCGGCCAGCAGCGCGUCAAGGCUGCGUGUGGGUGGGAGAGAGACAGGGCGUAGGCGUGUGGACAGAGGGACGGGGGGUGCAUGUGCCGGUGCAUGUCUCUGUGGGGAAUGUGCGCAUGUGCCUGUGUAGGGGGGGAGUCUGUGUGUGAGGGGGAGUGUGUG